AUGAUAUGUAAUGUCACUGGUAUCGUCCGUAAGGCGUCAAAAAUGGUCGAUCUUGCCAAACAAGCAUUCAGCACGAACAAUUUUGAGUUGGCUGUGGAUGUAUACGAGAGAACAAUCAGAGAAAAUGGUCCAUCAUCUGAAUUGUACUUCGGAUUGGGAGAUAGUUAUGCCAGAAGUGGUCACUUUGAAAGAGCAUUCGAAUCUUAUUGCAGUGCUUUUCGACUAACAAAUACAGUUCGACCAGGAGCAUUGAAACAUUUAGUCACAGCCCUAGUAGAGGCUGUUAAACAAGAUUCUGUUGUUGAAGACGCCAUGAUGAACAAAAAUUGUAUAUUCACCUGUGUGCUAUGUAGAGGAUUACUUAACGAACCAGUCACAAUCCCCUGUGGACACACAUUCUGUAGGAAAUGUUUAGAACGAGAACAAACUAAACCAUGUAAAAAGUGUGGGACCGUGAAUCAUUUCUUAAAUGUGUCGUCUAUCAAAACAAACGUAUUGUUAAAACAGGCUGUUGAAGUGUAUUUUCCAUCAGAAUGCAAAGCGCUUCGGUUGAAAUAUGAAGGAAAUGUUUACUUUGAAAGAAGGGACUUCGAAAAAGCAAUCGAUCUUUACAACGAGGCAAUCUUAUUAGCCCCAAAUGAUCAUCUUUUACUAAGCAACCGUUCACAUGCUUUUGCAUCGUUAGACAAAAAUGAGGAAGCUUUGAGAGAUGGUGAACUUGUCAUAAGACUUAGACCAGACUGGCCCAAGGGCUAUUUUCGGAAAGGUUGUGCUCUGUAUGGACUUGGUCAGUAUGGUGAUGCAGUUGUUGUCUUACUUCAGUGUCUAGCAAUGGAUCCUACAAUCAACUUAGCAAAAAACUACUUAAAUAAAGCACUCUACAAAAUUUUCUCUCCUUUGCCGUCUAAUGACCCCAAAAUGGGAGUCCUAUCAAGCCACCUUAGUCCAGCCAAGCUGCAACAGCUGAUCAAAUCCAAUUUCAGCUCCGCCUUCCUACAGCCAAAUAUGGCAAUGGACACGAUAUUGACACUGAAAAACAUCAUUAAGGAAACCGUCACUACUGCCACAUCAUUUGCUGUUACUAAUCAGGAACACAUGCCACUCUUUGAAAAGCCUGAUCAAGAGGAACCUGGAACUAGCUCAUCUGCAUCUUAUCAGGAGGAGGGAGUUUCUCAUUCCACAUCUGCCCCAAACUCAAGAAGUGGGUCACCAUAUUUAGAACAGAGACGGUCAAGAUCACAGUCACCACCCAGUCAGGGUCAAAAACGCUCCAGAAAUAUCAGUGGCACUUCCCCUACAAGUCCAAUGCAGGAGUUGCCUUUCAAACUGCACAAAAAUGAUCCUAAAUUGCCUGUAGAUGCUGUUGAAAUCAAACCAGAACUGCUAAACAAAGAAGACUUCGAAUGCAGUCUAUGCUACCGUCUUUUGUAUGAACCAGUGACCACCCCCUGUGGCCAUGCUUUCUGUCGUCAUUGUCUCGACCGCUGCCUUGACCAUCAGACCCAGUGUCCACUGUGUAAAAGUUCCCUAGCUGAGUACUUAGCAGAGAGGAGGCAAACAAUUACGGAAAACAUUGCUGGGAUAGUGGAAACUUACUUUGGAGAAGAAUUGGAAAUACGCAGGAAAAUUCAUGAAGAUGAGAUGGAAGAACUUUCAAGAAUGGUGACAGACCAGCAUGAGAUCCCAGUAUUUGUCUGUACCAUGGCAUUCCCUGGGAUUCCCUGCCCACUACAUAUAUUUGAGCCUCGAUACAGACUGAUGGUGCGACAAUGUAUGGAGUCUGGCACUAGGCAAUUUGGCAUGUGUACUGGCAAUGGUGAUUCUGAGGGAGAUUUUUCUGAAAUAGGUUGUAUGCUUGAAAUUCGAGAUGUACAAUUCUUCCCUGAUGGAAGAUCUUUAGUGGACACAAUUGGAGGCAAGCGGUUCAAAGUGAUCAGUCGAGGCCAUAAAGACGGCUACAAUACAGCCAAGGUAGAAUUCCUGAGAGACCAACCUCUCCCAGAGCAAGAUCAUCAUCGUAUGAGUGUCCUUCAGACUGAAGUGUAUGGGUUGGUGCAGUCCUGGCUAGAAAAACUCUCUGGCAUGCAAAGAGAGCAGAUUCUCAAACAUCUGGGACAGCUACCAGCACUUGAUCAGGAUUUCCAUAAUAACCUUAAUGGUAGCUCCUGGCUGUGGUGGACACUAUCAGUACUCCCUCUGGACACUCGAAUACAGAUGACCAUGCUAGCAAUGCGUUCAUAUGAAGAGAGACUGAAUGGAAUCAAACGUAUCUUGAUGUACAUGCGAAGGCAGCAAUGACUAGGGCUGUCUAGAAUUUUUCUCAGUUAUGAUAAAAUACUUAUCAUCACUUUAGUAGGUAUAGUGGUGGUAUUUCAACACUGGUUAGGUAGUGGAAGUGUAUGAGUAAGGUUAACUCAGAACUGAGAUGAGUGAUGUUAAGUCACAGUGUAUGUGGCCCUGGUCACAUACAAACAAAUGAUGUACAGUCACAGUGUUAGUGGCUCUGGUCAUAGAAAUUUGAUCAUCAAUCAGAUUGUAUGUGACCCUGAUCACAGACAAAUUGUGUACAGUCACAGUGUAUGUGACUCUGUUUCUGUUUCUUGAACCUUAUUUAUUGUACAUGUUAAACUGAUAACAUUACUGGUAGACAGAAAUCAGCUUGUAUUACUAUGUUCCAAGGGCUGCUUUAAAACUUUUUAUUUGAUUCAUUACAUAAUUAAUUUAGCUUAAAUGAAGGUGCUGCAUUGAAAAGAAAUCUUGCCAAGAAAAAAACUCUGUCAGUGACAGAAUCUAUCUUGACUGCAGUCUCAUGUUUAUUUUUAAUUCUUCCAACUGAAAACCAUUUGAAAAACAAAUCACUGAAGAUAGUUUUGGCUACAGUUCAAGGUUUCCUGUUUGUUUUUUCCUGGGUUACACCUUUUCUCUGUAUCCUACCUCUGAAGAAAGUAUCAGGGACAAGUUAUUGAAGGGCUUUCAUGUCUAAAUUACACAAAGUCUCACCCCCUCCUAGUUUGCAUGUACAAUGGUAAGUGGUCUGAGCUUGAUGGUAGGACAUUUUAUGUUGAUUACUCUUUUGAACUUUUUUUGUUAUUUCCUUGUGUUAAGGACUGUGAAAAAUAAGGAAUUAGCUAUUCCUUUUGCAAGCGACAUUGGCGUUCAUUGUUUUUAUCAUGUAUCAGGAACAUGUUUAUCCUUUACAACGGUUGCUGGACUUAUUGAAGGUUUAUUAAUGCUAAAAUUGUCUAUCUGUUUUAUGAGGAAAAGCAUCUCCGUGGCCUUCCAAAUUUAUACAUUAGUACAGUACUAUACCUUCAGGUAAAAUGUAGGUCACUGUCACCUCAGUUUUCUGUUUCACUGAUUUCUAUGUUUUCAUGUUGAUCUCCAUUCUCAUCAAAGCCAGGUCUAUAUGUUGAUGAAUGUGUUGGAAACCUGUUUAGAUGGAAGAAGUUGACAACCAGUGAAUGCUACCAAAAUCUAUUGAGGUAUUCAGGAUUAAGGUUCUGCAGUUUCUGUCAUAAAAUGUACAUCGUCAAAUUUUAUAUUCAGAUAAAAGAAUGUAUAUCCCAGUGAGUCCAUAACUAUACUCUCAGUAGAACUUCGUCAACCUUUCAUCAAAACAAAUCGCAUAAAAAAUAUGUAUAAAGAUUAAGUGAUUACGAACAUGAGUGUUAAGCAUUAGCAAUUUUAUUCUUAAUUGCUAGAUGAAUGUUUAUAACUUACAUAUUUAUCAUCUGAAUUUUAAUGAAGAUAUUUUUCAAAGAUUGCUGUGAUAUGUAAAAUAUCUGGUAAUCCCAGUAGGUUGUAAUUAUUUGUUAUGCAAGUACAUUUAUAUCAUGGACAUAUCAGGUAUACACAGACUAAUCUCAGCAGGAUUCAAAGGUAUACAGAUUAUGGGCUAUUCAAAUCGUCUGUGGUCUGUCGUCUGUCUUCGAACAAUUUUUGUUAUCGCUAUUUCUUCAUAAGCACUGGAUGGAUCUUUCUCAAAUUUCAUAUGUAGGUUCCAAUUGGGCCCUAGUUGGGUUCGUUUGAUUCUUGGUCUGAUCAAAAAACAAAAAUGGCCGACAGGUGGCCAUCUUGAUUUUGACUUUGCAAAUUCGUUAUUGCUAUUACUUGAGAAGUAAGGAAUGGAUCUUGAAAUGGAUUUUGACUUUGAAAGUUUGUUAUCGCUAUUUCUUGAAAACUUCUGUAAAGAUCUUUCUCUAAUUUCAUGUGUUGGUUCCUUUGGUCUCUCCUUGUGCCUGUUUGUUUUUGGGACUGAUCAGAAGAUCUUUAAUUCUGCAAAGGAAUGUUCAAAUUUCUUAUCAAUAAGAGCAAGAAAAGAAAAGAAAAGAUAAAAGGAGGGAAAAGAUAAAACUUUCAAAGAGCAAAAGUUCAAACACUGGUGGGCGCUGAGAUCCCUCUUAUAUCUCUUGUUUAUUGAUUUUAUGAAUUACUUAAGUAUGGAUUAACCAGGAAUUUCUUGCACACACAUUUUAGGUGAAGGACACAGCUGAAAUACCAUUUUCUCUGUUUCAUGCUUGCAAUAUCUGGGCUACCAUUUUAUUCUGUAUCAAUUGAAUGUUGAUUGAUCAGUGAAAUCAAUGAAUAUUGACCAAGGAAAGCCAGUCUCCUUCCUGCCUUUCUGUGGGCCAAAGCAAAUUUGGAUAAUUUUAAGAAAACAUAUUUUUAAUUCUUAGUAUGCUCUUUGUGAACCAGCUUAUUAACUUGAUAGGUUUUUACUGGUAUUCUGAUAUAAACUAUUAAUGAUUAUUAUUAUUUUUAUUUAUGGUCAAUUUCGAGUCAAAGACUCGUUUUAUAUAUGAUCUAGAAUAUUGUAAGUAUAUGUAUAUACAAUGUAACUACAGUGAUAACCUGAUGAUGUGAGUUCUUACGAGUGCAAUAUGUGAUCAUCAAUUUUUGUUGGGUAUAUGUUAUUGCUAAAUAUGAGGAAGGGACAGAUAUACAAAUAUCUUAAGAAAGUGACCACUGUGUUUUUAAUGGGAGUGUCACCUAAGGAUAAUGAAAGUCACAUGACAUAAUUAGUCACAUCUUCUCAUGUGUUAGUGGAAAAAUUAAUGUGAACUCCAAACAUCUUGUAACAGGUGGUUGUUUUUUUGUUUGCAAGAACUGAAAUAUCCCAACUUGGUAUAAAUGUGAUUUUGUUUUUUAUCAAGUAAUAUUCUGUAUUUGUAAAUCCAUCCUUUGCUCAUUUUUAAUCUUUUUUUUGUAAAAUUUUUAUAUUCUUUAUUAGCCGCACUGUUUUAUACCAAAAGACUUGUUUUGCAUCAAGGAACUAACCCUUUAAACAUUUAGUGGACACUUCUAUAAAAGAUAAAGUAGUACUUAUUGAGUGAGCCAUUUUUAAAAAAAAUGGAAAAGUUAACAAGUUUGUGAUUUAAACAAACUAUGAACCAGUGUGUGAUCGAUCAACAUAGUGAAGGUCUGUGAGUUAAAUUAACAAAGCACUAGUGUGUUAUCUGAUUGACAAAUUGAAGGUCGAUGAUUUAAAUUAACCAUGAAUUAGUCUGUGACCUAAUUUACCAAUUGAAGGUUAAUGACACUAAACAAAUAAUUAACUGGUCAACAAAUGGAAAGUUGAUGAAUCAAAUACACAGAAAUUAAUGUGUGAAUUGAUCAAUGAAUUGAAGAUCGAUGAGCUGAAUAAACCAUGAACUAAUGUGUGAACUGAUGGACAAAUUGAAGAUUGAUAAAGGAUCCUGAUGCUCACAACUUUUUGUUAUGUAUUAUUGGUCAAAUUACAAGGACAUCAUAUCAACAUUUGUGAUUGAUGCAGCCAUCCCUUUAACCUCCACUUCCCUGUUGUUUGUGUUUGUGGUAAUCAGACCAGUUAGACUGAAUGUGAUAUAUAUGGUUUAUACGAUCAUUUAAAACUUUGUACCAAACAGUUACAGUUAAUUAACAGCCAGAGGAGAAUUGUACUAUGGUCAUAGACCUUUCUGUGAGAAAUGAUGUUUUGAUGGAGUCCCGAUUCAAAUCAUGGCAUUAACAAGUUUUUAGUGUAAGUAGCGUAUGUAUGAUGAAAGUUGAACAUGUGACAUGUUAUUUUAUUAAGAACUGUAAUAAA